AUGACGGGGACCAACCAAUGCGGUUAUACCACAAUCCCAUCCUCCCAGUGGAACCCCAGCGACCAAAUCUGCACUAUAGGCUUGUCCGCCUCCAGCCUUCGCCCAGUCAAACCAACCACAACAGGCCAAUACCUUUUCACAGAAACCGACCUUCCAACCAGCGGUUCCGGCACAACAGUCUAUGGCUGCACAUCAACCUUGACGUCCGAAGCUGGUCCCGUAAUGGGCACUUACUGCGCCGGCUCCAAAACUCCCCUCACGACCCUCUUCCCACCAAUUAAGACCCCCACAGGCGCCCCAGCGGCACCGUCGUGCAACUCUCCUGCCAACCCUCAGGACGCCUCCGCACAAGGCGAUCCCGAUGGCUACGUCCCCAACCCUGUCUUCUUCGAAGCAGCCAUCGGCGUGUUCUGCGGUCCAAACUGCAAAGGCAAAUCAGGCUGCCUCUCAGCCACCGGCCAAACACUCAGUUCCAACAUGGACGCUUUCAAAGCAACAUUCUUCUGCAGUGACGCGCAGUCUGCACCCGGAGGCAACAAGACACUCGACUGUGAGCCAUAUGAUUGGGAGAAUAAUCCGCCCCCUUACUGGGAAGCGUCAGGGAUUAUGUUCAACCUGGGAGUCAAGUUGAUAGACAAGAGCUGCCAGUGGACGGUCGAUAGUGACACUUGUAACAAGUGGUUGAGUAACACACUGACUGGGUGUCCGGCUGCGGGUCUCGAUUGGAAUGAGUGUGUGGCGUGGACGGUAGGUGCAGGGGCAGCAGCGCUGAGUUUGAGUGAUUGGCAGGCGGAUCAUCCUAGCGGUACUUGGUGA